CAAAAGUGUAUAAGCAUUUGAUUUGUAAUUGUUAUCGAUUUUUAGCAUCAUGAACUUUUGGGUGCACCGCCGUUUCGCGAUUACCUAAAUCGUCACAACCGAAAAAAUCUCAAGUAAUGAAAAAUCCAUCCCAUCACUGAACUUAGACUUAGACUUAGACUAAAAACAUAUAUAUAAGGUAAGAUUUACGAUAAGUGGAGUGGAAUAUGUUGUAUGAUUUGAAUGUACCGUGGCCUGUGAAUAAUUAUCAUACCAAACCAAAUCAAAAUGAAUUAAAUAAUUUAAAGAAUACUAUAGUUACUCUUCAUACUUUAGGGUAUACUCAUAUAGCUAUUAAUUUUCAAAUUAAUGAAUCUAUAAAAGUACCAUUAAAUCAAACUCAACUCAUUAAUCCUAUAGAUAUUGAUUUAUUAAAAUUAGAAUUAUCUAAAUUUCCUUCCCUUAAAUUAUUUACUAGAAUAACUAUAGUUAUAUAUGAUCCAGCAAAAUUACAAGGUCUUACGAAAAUACAAUCACAAUUUGAUAUACUAGCAAUUCAACCAUUAACAGAAAAGGCAUUACAAAUGUGUGUAACUAAUUUAGAUAUAGAUUUAAUUUCAUUUAAUCUUGGUUCUAAACUUGCCUUUUAUUUAAAACAUAAAACUAUUGGUAGUGCUGUUGAUAAAGGUAUAAAAUUCGAAAUAUGUUAUAAUCAUCUUAUAUCUGGUUCAAUUGGUAUUACAAAUUCAGCUACAAAUCCAGUAGAAAAUUUAGCAUUUGUUAAGAAAAAUUUCUUUAAUAAUGUAUUACAACUUAUAAGAUCUUCUCGAUCAAAGGGUAUUAUAAUCUCUAGUGGAGCAAAUUUACCAUUACAAGCAAGAAAUAGUGAAGAUAUUUUAAUCUUAUUAAAAACAUUAGGAUUAGAUCAAAGUAGAGCCAAAGGUUGUAUAACAGUCAAUCCAGAAAGAGUGUUGGUUAAUGGAAGACUCAGAAUAAAGUCUUUUAAACAAACCAUUCUUGUAGAUAAUUCAUCAUCAUCCAAUACUCUAACAAAUAAUGAUAAAGAAGAUCCUAAUAAAAAAUCAGAUGCUAAUGUAUAUAAGAAACGCUUGGACGAUAGUUCCAGUGGAAGGUUGCUAAAAAAGCAAAGAAAGAAUUAAUUAACUAAAUUAAAUUAAAUGGUGUAUAUUAUUCUAUAGUAAUAUUACAUUGUAGUGCAUGGGGUCUAGUAGGCCCUUUAUAAUAUAUUUACAUAACAGA